GCCUCCCAAAUUCUCCCACCGGGCGAUUCCUGGUGACAAGGCCCCUUGCUGCGGAUCGCUAGGUCCUUCGUUCGUGCUGAAGCUGAAGCUGCCGCUCUCGUCGAACUCGCGCGUCGUCCAAGAGCACGAGAACCCAGAAACAGAGAGAGAGAGAGAGAGAGAGAGAGAGAUGGCGUUCAGGGGGAAGGAGAUGAUGAAGAAGGUGCUGAAGCGAGUGGGGGAGAAGAACCUCGCGCCCGGAGUCAAGGAGACCCUGGAGAAGUGCAUCCCCAAGUCCAAGGUCGUCAUGGGUCGCGCCCACCGCGGCCUCUUCGCCGGCCGCCACAUCCGCUUCGGCAACCAGGUCAGCGAGGACGGCGGCAACAAGACAAGGAGAAGCUGGAAGCCAAAUGUGCAGGAGAAGCGACUAUUCAGUUACAUUCUCGACCGCCAUAUUCGUGUCAAAGUGACGACCCAUGCUCUCCGGUGCAUAGAUAAGGUAGGUGGGAUUGAUGAGUAUCUGCUGAAGACACCUUAUCACAAGAUGGACACAGAAAUGGGUCUGUAUUGGAAAUCAAAGAUCGAGAAGCUUUAUGAAGAGCUGGGGAAAAUGGAGGUGGUUUUCUUUUCUCCCGAGGACGAAGCCAAGUUCGAACAAGGUUUUAAACAACUGAAAAUUGAAGAGAGGGCAGCUCGUAGGGAUUUCAGAAGGCAGAUGUAUGGUACAACAGGCAAAGAGAAGCCGGCAGAGGAAGGUCAAGCGAGCGAUCAAGUAACUCGAGAAGAGUCGCCCAGGAUUGGCGAUGGACAUUGGCGUGCGGAUUAUCCCGAUCAACCACACGAGCAGCAGUUGGUUGCUUACUCUUAAUUUUGAUCGCAUUCGAACAAUGUUAAGAUUUGCUAGUCAUUGGGCUGGUUCGAGUUCUUUUUGUUACUGAUAAUAAGAUUUGAACUUGGAGGAU